AGUCGUCGUUGUUCUUUCGAAGUUGAUGUUUCGAUUCCAUGACAGCUCCAUUAUUAUAAAGUGGGUGGAUUUGUGGCAAUUCAUCUUAUUUCCUAUGAAUUAAUACGAGUUAUGGAACUAGAGAAUAUAGUAGCCAACACUGUAUAUAUCAAAGCAAGAGAAAGUAAAAAUAAAGGACGAAGUAAAAAGUGGAAGGAGCUUCUAAGGUUUCCCCACUACACACUCUGCGUUAAAGAUGAGUUUCGCUCGCAGAUUCCUCAGGAAUAUGACAAAAUAUGCGAGAAAGAACCCAUUGGCAAGGAACUUUUUCGAAUAUUUUGUGCCACAGACCCACGAUUGCAGCAGGCCAUAGACUUUCUGGAUUCAGUCGAAGAAUUUAUAAAAGCCGAGGCCACAAAUCGACCCGAAAAGGCAAGGGAUAUCGUCCGACGCCAUUUGCAACCACCGGAUAAUAAUCGAGAUUUUGUUGAAGAAGAGGAAAUCACUUAUCGUGUUGGUGGUGUGUUGGACGACACAGCUGAAAAAGCUUAUAGUGUAGUUUCACGAUCUUCAGAUGAGGAGUUUUCUAUUAACCUUUUUAACGAUGCAGUUCGUGAAGUUAAAGAUUACCUUAGUGAUUUUCCAUUUAAGAAGUACUUAGAUUCCAUGUACUUUGCUCGUUAUCUUCAAUGGAAAUGGCUCGAAAAAAUAAAGGUUACAAAGAAAACUUUCAGGCACUAUAGAGUUUUGGGAAAAGGUGGAUUUGGUGAGGUAUGUGCAUGUCAAAGCAAGAUAAGUGGCAAAAUGUAUGCCAUGAAAAAACUGGAAAAGAAGCGAAUCAAGAGAAGAAAGGGAGAAGCUAUGGCUCUCAAUGAGAAGACACUUCUAGAGAAAAUUGACAGUAGAUUUGUGGUAAGUCUAGCUUAUGCAUAUGAGACCAAAGAUGCCUUGUGUAUGGUGUUAACACUUAUGAAUGGUGGAGAUCUUAAAUUUCAUGUUCAUAAUAUGGGCAAUCCAGGAUUUGAGGAAGAGAGAGCAGUAUUUUAUGCUGCAGAAGUCACACUUGGUCUCAUUCACCUUCAUUCACAAAGAAUUGUCUACAGAGACUUAAAACCGGAAAAUCUUCUCCUGGAUGAUGAUGGUCAUGUUAGAAUUUCUGACCUUGGUUUGGCAGUCCAAAUACGUAAUGGAGAUACUAUAAGAGGCCGUGUAGGUACCAUAGGUUAUAUGGCUCCUGAAGUUAUUAAAAAUGAAAGAUAUACAUUCUCUCCAGACUGGUGGGGGCUUGGUUGUCUUAUUUAUGAAAUGAUUCAAGGAAAGUCUCCAUUCAGGGCUCGAAAAGAAAAAGUUAAAAGAGAAGAAGUUGAAAGAAGAGUCAAAGAAGACACAGAAACAUAUUCUGAUAAAUUUAGCUCAUAUGCUAGAUUAAUAUGUUCACAGACUUUGCAAAAAGACCCCGCAACAAGGUUAGGCUGCAGAGGAGACGAUGUCAGGAAACAUCCUUUUUUUAGGUCAAUUAAUUGGUCUCAACUGGAAGCAGGCUGUACCCCUCCUCCAUUCACACCUGAUCCAAGAGCAGUUUAUUGUAGAGAUGUUUUAGAUAUAGAGCAAUUCUCCUCUGUCAAAGGUGUACGACUUGAUGAGAGUGAUGAAGAGUUUUAUAAGAGAUUUGCAUCUGGAUCUGUAUCUAUUCCAUGGCAGAAGGAGAUGAUUGAAAUGGGUUGUUUUAAGGAGCUCAACGUAUUCGGACCUAACGGCACUCCUACUCCAGAUCUAACAGGAGAGGCACCUCCAGAACCACCCAAGAAAUCAUCAUGUACCUGCUCAUGUUUUGGAGAUGAUGAUGACCUAUAACACAUUUAGGACAAUUAGAAGGCUUCUACUUAUUCAGACGACCUGUUUAUUGGUCCAAUUUUUUGACCUUCAUCCGAUGUAUAUUGAUAUGGAUGAUCUGUAUUUACAUACUGACGCCGUACAUUUACCUGACGUUUGAUUCACGGCCAGCACCUAGUGUGGAUAGUAUCCUUGUUUUAUGCGUUAUACAAAGUAGCAUGGUCAGUAAGUGAUGCAUUUAGUUUAGCAUGGUUGUAUUGUCAAGCAGUAGAUUACCAUGGCUUGGGAUCCCUGUGGUUAAACCACAGGUAGACCAAACAUAAAAAAGACUGACAUGUAGCGUGCAACUGGAUAAAAAUGCCUUGUUGUCUGUUGUUCUCAUAGCAAUAUAUCUAGGCUCUCUCGGUAGAAGAAAGCAACUUGUUCGACUAGUGAUAACCUUAGUACUAGCUAUUCUAAAAAGGUGAAAGAAAACCAGAAUAGAUGAUGCCAUUCCAAAAUCAGUAUCGACAAUUAUAAGUCAUGACUUGAAAAUGUUUCAGCCUUAGGGAAGAAAAAAAAAAUGAUGAUUACUAAUGUAGCUGUCAAACCUAAAAAUACAUUGAAUAAUUUACAUUUUAAUUAUCAAAAUAUUUUCGGACAUGGGGUCCCUGUGGUAAAGUACUCGUGGGCGCACAAAGACUUAUGGGAUGUCACCGCACGGAAUGAUUUAUGGGAAAUCCCAUAGGUAAUUUGUGUUUUAUAAAAUUUCAUUAAUAAGUGGGAAAAAAUUAAAUGUCAGAAAAAUUUACAGUGGUUUGACAACAGCAUGAUCAAUAAAUGUGCGUCGGCAAGUCACGUCAUAACCGCCAAGUUGGAAGAAUGUGAAAAUAUUUUUUUGUUAAAUGACCAUACAUGACAUUCUUUUGUUUUUUUCUUUUGUAAUUUUGUUCACUUGGGAAUGGUUGCGAUUUUAUAAGUCUAUACCUUAUUAGAUCAGGGUUUUUUUUGUACCUAAAAUAUACAAGUUCUUUUAUGCUGUUAUUCACAGCUGUUUAGCAAUUAGUCCUCGAGCCCAAAUGAACUAUUGACUCAUAGGCCAUGAGGGCGAGAGGGCUACUGAAUUGUUUUAGUCAAAUCCAGCUAGUCAAACAAAUAUAUAGAUGUAAACCAGUUUUGAAUUAAAGUUAAAUUUAAGGUUUUGGUUUUCAAAGCCAUCACAUUUCGCUACUUGUAGGCUAUAACUUAUAGCCUAGUAGUAGCUCAUCCAAUCAGAAUGCAGCAUUGAUGAUAGACCACUAGUUGGAUUUGACUAAUGAUAUUUAGUCGGCAGUCGAUCGCAAUUUUUCUUGUAUUAAGCGCCUGUAUCCUGUACCUUUUAUAGACAAUCUUUAAAAAAAAUUGGUUAUCUUAUCAUAUUUUUUAUCAAGAUGGUAUUUGAAAUGAUAAAUUAUUCUUAAUUACUGAUCAUGAAUUUUGUUGUUUCUUAUUUAGUUCUGCCCGUUGGUAUUUUUUAUUUUUUAUUCUAGCCCAAGUCGUUUCUUUUAUAUAAAUAUUUCCAUCCUGAGUUACGUGAAGAAUGGUAACAAACCCGUUUAUAAUAGUCGUCAAAUAAAAAAAUAAAAUAAAAAAAUUAUAAUAAAUGCCCCGACAUUGAUGAAAAUCGAAGUUGUAUGUUAGUAAUGUUUAACAAAUGAGUACAAACGUAAAAUAUGCCUAACGAUGAUGCUUUCUCUAUAAAAAGAUAAAGAUUAGAAACUUGUUCUGAGGCGUAUAAAUAAAAUUUGGGGAAUUGGCUAUUUUUCAGGUCGAGAAAACAACCACAAACUUUUUUUAAAAAACAUCCUGUGCGAAAAAAAUAUUAACAAAAUUGACACAUUUUUUGUUAUAUAUUAUUACAGGUUUAUGUUUUUGGACACAAUUAACAAUUUUCUUCCUUGCGAGCUGAGUCUGUUUUCUUUUGGCAUUAAAAAAGGGGAGAGAAAAAGCCUAAAACUCUGCUUUCAGGAAAAACAUUUUCGCUUGUAUUUACCUAACAUACGCAACGGUUUUUACCAAUGUCUUUUGUCGGAAGAUUUGGUCGUCUGGGAUAUUCAAGGUCCCACGAACUGAGCACCACCAAGAAAAUAUUUGUGCGGGUGGACGAUCCCUUACCGAUCUUUUAAUCUUAGGUAAGAAAAACACACUAAUCAAACUGUCAGUCAUAGAUUUCCGCAUCGGGUUGAUUUUGAUUUUUUUCCUCAAAAGAUUUAUCUUUAUCUUAGACGUUUUUUUUCGUUUUAUCUUCGUGUUAAUAAAGUCAAAAAGGAAGAGGAAAGUAUUAAAUAUUGUAAAUAAGUUGAAAUCAUUUUAAGAAUCCACGGUUCUUUAUAUAAUAUUAAUUAAUAUUAAAUAUUCGCCCGCUUUCUCUGUAUAUUUUCACGAUAUUUUAACGGUUAGUUUUGUCACCCAUGUUAAAAUUUGGUGCUGGGCAAUCAGUUAUUCAAUAAAAACCGCUAUUAUUUUUUA